ACAUUCAGCACAGUGUGGCAGGCGCAUCGAAAAAUUCUGACCGCUGCCGUCUUGUUUGAGCUGCGGUUGUAUAAUUCAUUUUCCCGACAAAUUGUCAUCCGGUAGGUUUUACGUAAUCAGUGUUAUUUUCCCAUUUCCCCAUUAGUUUAUCUUCUAGGUAUAAUUUGUUCGAAAAGAAAAAAAACCCACCUCGAUCGAUCGAUUCCCGUGACUGUCCGUACCCCGUGUUCGAAGCUAGAGAAACAUCUCAGCACUCAGGAUGUUUUCGACGAUGAAAUCGCUCAUGACCACCGCGGUCCGAGCGGAGCAGGUGCUGGCCCGAUCGUACGCGGCCAAGGCAGCGGCAAAGGCUGCCGCCGGUGCACAGGGCAAGAUUGUGGCCGUCAUCGGUGCCGUCGUGGACGUGCAGUUCGACGAGCAGCUGCCCCCGAUUCUGAACGCGCUGGAGGUGCAGGGCCGCAGCGCCCGGCUGGUGCUGGAGGUUGCGCAACAUCUGGGUGAGAACACCGUGCGCACCAUUGCCAUGGACGGUACGGAGGGUUUGGUGCGUGGCCAGCGCGUGCUCGACACCGGCUCGCCCAUCCGUAUUCCGGUCGGUGCGGAAACGCUCGGUCGCAUCAUCAACGUGAUCGGAGAGCCGAUCGAUGAGCGCGGUCCGAUCAACACCAACCUGUCCGCUCCGAUUCACGCCGAAGCGCCCGAGUUUAUCGAGAUGAGCGUCGAGCAGGAGAUUCUGGUGACGGGCAUCAAGGUGGUGGAUCUGCUGGCCCCGUACGCGAAGGGUGGCAAGAUCGGUCUGUUCGGUGGUGCCGGUGUCGGCAAGACCGUACUGAUUAUGGAGCUGAUCAACAACGUCGCCAAGGCGCACGGUGGUUACUCCGUGUUUGCCGGUGUCGGCGAGCGUACCCGCGAGGGUAACGAUCUGUACAACGAGAUGAUUGAGGGAGGUGUCAUCUCGCUGAAGGACAAGUCGUCCAAGGUCGCGCUGGUGUACGGUCAGAUGAACGAGCCGCCCGGCGCCCGCGCUCGUGUCGCCCUGACCGGACUGACCGUCGCCGAGUACUUCCGUGACCAGGAGGGACAGGAUGUGCUGCUCUUCAUCGACAACAUUUUCCGUUUCACCCAGGCCGGUUCGGAGGUGUCUGCCCUGCUGGGCCGUAUCCCGUCCGCUGUCGGUUACCAGCCCACGCUGGCCACGGACAUGGGUAGCAUGCAGGAGCGCAUUACCACGACGAAGAAGGGUUCGAUUACGUCGGUGCAGGCCAUCUACGUGCCGGCUGACGAUCUGACCGAUCCGGCUCCGGCCACCACCUUCGCUCACUUGGACGCCACCACUGUGCUGUCGCGUGCCAUCGCCGAGCUGGGCAUCUACCCGGCUGUCGAUCCGCUGGAUUCGACCUCGCGUAUCAUGGACCCGAACAUUAUCGGCGCCGAGCACUACAACAUUGCCCGUGGCGUGCAGAAGAUCCUGCAGGACUACAAGUCGCUCCAGGACAUCAUUGCCAUCCUGGGUAUGGAUGAGUUGUCCGAGGAGGACAAGCUGACCGUCGCCCGUGCGCGCAAGAUCCAGCGUUUCCUGUCGCAGCCCUUCCAGGUUGCUGAGGUGUUCACCGGUCACGCCGGUAAGCUGGUGCCGCUCGAGGAAACGAUCAAGGGCUUCACCAAGAUCCUGAACGGUGAGCUCGACCAUCUGCCGGAGGUCGCCUUCUACAUGGUCGGCCCGAUCGAGGAGGUCGUCGAGAAGGCGGAGCGUCUGGCUAAGGAAGCUGCCUAAGCCACAUCCGCCAGGCAUACGAGAUGAAUGACAAAAUUUUGGUCCAAUCGUUUGCUUUCGGUGCCGCGGGUAAUGGGUGAUAUGAUGGAUGCGGUGCGGUUCAGCUCGGUCAUCAAUCCUCCCAAAACUUCCAUCAAGGUGUGCCGCUGGUGAACCGAUGCCCGUCACAUCGCCCAUUCCGGGCGGGUUAGCGACGGUUAGCGACUGUUAGUGCGUUAGUUGUGUAAGCGUAUCCAGUAAUCAGUAACACUCACCAACACAAUCCCUAUUUGUACCCUUGCCAAGCAGGAAGAGGUGGACGAAAACGAGCGUGUGCGUGUAAUUGUUUGUUUCUCCGAGCGAAUGAAAAUAGGAACGAAAAUCGUAA